AUGCCACAAAGCGGAGUCAUCAAAGCUCUCGAAAUUCUCGAUGCUCAUCGUGACGCGCGAGAUCCGGAAACAAUUGACGACGCGUCGGAGAACGCGAACGGGUGCGCGAACGUUCGAGAUAAUUCGGAAUAUCAGAAAUCCAACAACCAUCAGGCGAACGAAGUUGAAACCGCGGAUUUCAUACCACUUGUGAAUGAAACCAUUUCAGAGGAAACACCUCUCCAAAGAUACACGCGACAGACGAUCACGAAUGAAUCAUUCCUAUCCAACGACAGUGAACUUUGGACAAAGUUCACACCGACGAGCGUUCUAUACAUCUUUCACGACAAAUUAAGGCGCAAACAUCCAAGCAGUUUCGCCUUUGCUCAAGAUCACGAGACCCUGAAAUUUAGAUGCCGCCUGAUGUUCGGUGAUCGUGCUUGGGACUCAUCGUUACACUCGAACAAAAGAGAGGCGAAGCAUGAGGUCUCUCUCAUGGCUGUUCGCGACCUUGCGGUUGAGUAUCCCCUCGUGUUAGGUGAUAUGCGAUAUUGGUUCGAGGAGUUCGAAUCCGGUGCCGACGGGUGCGCAUCGCCACCAUCAAAUUUGACUGACGGUGAUUCACUGCCAAAUCCUCGGAUUUCCCAUGAAACGUCCGCCCCUCGAUCGGUUGCUCCGCGAUCUUCCAGUAAUCCAGAAUCACGUGUGUCAGAUGCUGAGUUGAUCUGGGAUCACGAUCGCGGGCAAGCUCACGAAUCAUCUUCGCCGCACACUUCACGAGACCGAAUUCGCUUUCAUCCGUACAUCGACACCGCUCCUUCCAUACUGAACGCCCUGAAAGCCACAAGUCUGUUGUAUGAGUGGUGUUCCAAGCAGCACAGAUUCUCCGGACCGGCGUACAGGAACAAGAAGGAUGCGAAAGAAGCGGUCAGUAGAAUGGCUCUCGAGUAUUUCAGAUCGAAGG